AUUCGCCAGCGCUACACAUUUUCCUAACUAUGAUAUCCCGUUCAAUAUCCUCAUGGGGCCACCUCCCAUCGCCGGGAUUGAACUUUCGUCUAUCUGCCUAUAUCAAUCCGAGAUGCAUGAAUCCGGGCAGACGGUUCUUCACGCGCAAUUCCAUCCUACAACAGAAUGCUAAGGCUCCCUUCAACACGCCUCAAUCGCAAAAGCGCCAUGCAUCCACCCUGUAUUAUACGUUGAGUAUGAUUCUCGGCACCCUUUCUCUGGCCUAUGGCUCUGUUCCUUUGUAUAAGAUGAUUUGCCAACAGACCGGCUGGAACGGUCAACCAUCGGUUACGCACCGCGGAGGAGACAGUGAUACCGCAUCUCGGGUCGUUCCCGUGACAGACGCCCGUCGCCUCAGAAUCACUUUCAACGGAUCAGUGUCGGAUGUUCUGCCAUGGAAAUUCACCCCGCAGCAACGCGAGGUCCGUGUACUUCCUGGAGAAACCGCGCUUGCCUUCUUCACAGCUACAAAUCAGGGUCCGACAGACAUUAUUGGUGUGGCGACGUACAGUGUGACUCCGGGUCAGGUUGCCCCAUACUUCAGCAAGAUUCAAUGCUUCUGCUUCGACGAGCAGAAAUUGAACGCCGGAGAAUCGGUCGAUAUGCCGGUCUUCUUCUUCAUCGACCCUGACUUCGUUAACGACCCGACCAUGAAGAAUAUCGACACUAUCACUUUGUCAUAUACCUUCUUCAGCCACAGCAAGGACACUUGGUGGAUGACGCUGCCUUUUCUCACUCACAUGUAUAUAACCACUAAGACAUACCAGUACUUCAUGGCCUUGCUCGUGGAUAAACACCGGCCGCGCUCGCUGGACUCUUUAACAUAUCACCCGGAGCUCUCCUCGCGGCUAAAGUCGCUGGCACAAAGCGGCGACUUCCCACAUCUCUUGAUCUAUGGACCGUCAGGUGCCGGCAAGAAAACGCGCACGAUCGCAACGCUGAAGGAGCUCUACGGCCCCGGAGUCGAGAAAAUCAAGAUCGACGCCCGAGUCUUCCAGACGACGAGCAACCGGAAGCUGGAAUUCAACAUUGUCUCCUCGGUCUACCACCUUGAGAUCACACCCUCAGAUGUAGGCAACUACGACCGGGUCGUCGUCCAGGAGUUGCUCAAGGAGAUCGCGCAGACGCAGCAGGUCGAUCUCUCGGCGAAACAGCGAUUCAAGGUGGUGGUGAUCAACGAGGCGGAUCACUUGACGCGCGAUGCGCAAGCGGCGCUCAGACGUACUAUGGAGAAAUACAGUCCCAACCUGAGACUGAUCCUCCUGGCUAACAGUACCUCAAAUAUCAUUGCUCCGAUCCGGUCCCGCACCCUGCUGGUCAGGGUCGCUGCGCCCAGCGAGAAGGAUAUCUGCGCGGUGUUGAGGACGGCCGGCAAGAAGGAGGGAUGGCCGGAGGCGGACGGACUGAAUCAGAGAAUCGCCAGGGAAAGCAAUCGGAACCUGCGACGUGCGCUGCUGAUGUUUGAGGCUAUUUAUGCUCAGAAUGAGAAAGUCACGGACAAUACGCCAAUCCCACCUCCCGACUGGGAAGCUCUGAUUGCGCAAACUGCAGAUGAGAUUCUGGCCGAACGGUCACCGGCUCAAUUGCUGCGGGUUCGCUCGCGUCUAUAUGAUCUGCUGACGCACUGCAUACCAGCGACUACCAUCAUCAAGACCUUGACCUUCCAGCUCAUCACCAAAGUGGACGAUGCCCUCAAGCCUGAGGUCAUCAAGUGGUCGGCUUUCUACGAGCACAGAAUCACACAGGGCAGCAAAUUAAUCUUUCAUCUCGAAGCAUUUGUUGCCAAGUUUAUGCGCAUUUAUGAAAGUUACUUUAUGGGCAUGGACUUCUGAACGUGGGAAAUAGAAGUAGCAAAACAACGAAUGAUUAAUGAAAUAAUUGUACAAU